GCAGGCAGGCUGGGCGCGGCCACCGGCGCCGCGGACACCAGGGCCGUGGCCGCCGCCGCACCCCGUGUCCUGCGCCCGCCGCCGCGAUGCUGGGGCUGCUCGUGGCAUCGUUGGUCGUGGCGCUCGCCUACUUCGCGCUGUUGGACGGAUGGUACCUGGUGCGCGUGCCGUGCGCCGUGCUGCGCGCGCGCCUGCUGCAGCCGCGCGUCCGCGACCUGCUGGCCGAGCAGCGCUACGGGGGCCGCGUGCUGCCCUCGGACCUGGACCUGCUGCUGCACAUGAACAACGCGCGCUAUUUGCGCGAGGCCGACGUGGCGCGCGCCGCGCACCUGGCCCGCUGCGGGGUGCUGGGGGCGCUGCGCGCGCUCGGGGCCCGCGCCGUUCUGGCCGCCUCGUGUGCGCGCUAUCGCCGCUCGCUGCGCCUGUUCGAGCCCUUCGAGGUGCGCACCCGCCUGCUGGGCUGGGAUGACCGCGCCUUUUACCUGGAGGCGCGCUUCAUCAGCCUGCGCGAUGGCUUCGUGUGCGCGCUGCUGCGCUCCCGCCAGCACGUGCUGGGCACCUCUCCGGAGCGAGUCGUGCAGCACCUGUGCAAGCGCCGGGUGGAGCCCCCUGAGCUGCCCGAAGACCUUCGUCACUGGGUCGCCUACAACGAGGCCAGCAGCCAGCUGCUCAGGGCCGAGAGCGGGCUCAGUGACGUCGUCAAGGACCAGUGACCACCGAGCCCUGCCCGCCGACCUCACCCUGGGGGCAGUUGCCCUCCCAUCCCUGCCCGCCAGGGGCAGAGAGUGCAGAAUGGGCUGGCCGGGCUGGACCGUGUCCCAGCUGGAGUGGCCUGCCACCAGCCCGGCUCAGCCCAGCCCCUUCCCCACACUCAGGCCCUCCCCCAGCCAGUUAUCGGCGCCCCUCUCCCCCAUGCCACGCCGGCCGGUGGGGGGGACACAGAUGCCCUGACCCAGCUCUGCCCUCAGGGUGGAGGUGAUGAGGAAAGUGGGAGGCCCAGGGCCCUCAGCAUAUGGGCGGGGGGGGGGAAUGGGGGAUGGGUCCCCCCCCACCGCAGAUGAAGCGAGGCUUCCGUGGGCUCAGGUUGGGAGAGUGCUUGGACCAGAGGGACCAGCUGAAGCCAGCCUGAGCACUGGAGCCUGCCUGGAGUUUGAGCAAGCUGCAGGAGUGAGGCCAGAGCAGUCCUGGGUGCAGGGCUGGGGCCUGAUUCCAGCCUGGUGAGGAGCUUGAAGAGUCAGAACAGCAUUUCCAGGCAGAUCCUUGUGGCGGGGCGGGGGGGGGCAGGCCCAGGGUGGAGUCUGGGCAAUCAGGGCCCAGGCCGACUGGCCAGAGGGCACGGGGCUCCCCUGGGGUGGGCACAGGGCCUGGGGCCAGUGCCGGUCAGAUGGCACAGGGUCUCCCGUGGUGGUGAGCUUCCCGUCCUGGUUGGGGCUAGCUACUGAGCAGGGAGCAGAGCAGGGAGCGGGAUCCUGCCUGGGCGCCCUCUGCACCUUGCCGUUGCUUGACCGCACCCCUGGGUGCUCAUAGGACUGUGCUCUGUGACUGUGGGUAGGACCCCACCCUCUCUGAACCUACACCUCAGUUUGCCCUCCUCCUGGGGUCGUCCUCAGCACGUGCCCUGCUGAUGACUUUUUCCUUUCCUGUGCCGAGGGGCUGCCUCGCUCCAUGGGCUGGGGCCGGGGAGGGGUCUUCCAGGCUUUGCCUGAGCGGCUCCCUGCCGGGCUCGCCAGGCUACUGGACACCAGCCGCGCGGUCUGCUCCUGCCUAGUCGCUUGCCUUCCAGCUGGUGAGGCGUGGGGAGAAGCAGAAACUGGCCCGGAGCACCAAUGGUGAGGCAGGGGUGGGCGGGGUGGGGGACCUUAGCUCCCUGGCUGGCUGGGGACACGGUCAGGCCCUGGGGCUGGGCUUGCUGCUUGCUCGUGUGUGUGUCUGCUCAGGGCAAGGUGGCCGCCUGCCUGUGCACCCCCCCCCCCAGCCUGUGGUAUGGGCCAGAGCUGUGGAGCCCCUGAGCCGCCUCUCGCCCUGUCCAGGCACCCACCGCCCGCUGGAGCUAGGAGCGCCGCAGCGCCCCUGAUCCCUUGCCUGCCCCCCACGCUGACGUCUGCCUUAUAGCCGCAAAGGGAAAGCUGCAAUGUUUCUGUUUUAUUUAAAGAAAGCCCAAGAUUAAAGGGUUUUUAAUGUC